AUGUCCCACACUCACCCCAACACUUCCUCCUUUAACCUUCGUGUCUCAGCUGUUCUCUCACCUCACCACUCAACUUCAUCAUUAACUCGUCUCCUCUUCUUCUUUUGUCUACAUGUUGUGGGUUGUAGACGUCGUCUGCUCCUACUGGAGUCUUACUCUGCUGUGAUGAUAUAUACAUCGCCUCACCUGCUAUAUUGUCUCCUCGUGUGCUGUUGCCUAAUGCUUCCUACAGGACGAUGUCACUCUCUUAAAUUGAACCAGCACACGCGGGCCCCUCAUGGAUUAUCUUAUUGGUCUCCUAAAGUACCCGUCCACGCAUGGCCCGCAAGAAGACCUCCUCAAUGGAACCAAUUGGAAGUACAGAAUUGCUUUUCAGGUCAAAAUCCAGAUGAUCUUCUUACGUUACAAGAAGUGUUGACUCACGAGAGAGCAAUCCAAAGAGCAGCUGAAUCUCAGCAGUAUUUACGUCGGACGCAACGAAUUCUUAGACUUCAACAUCUUCAGUGGCUAUCCCAUAGAGAAUUUUUAGCUUCCUUUGGGAAAACUCUCAAAACUCGGCGAAAACGUCAAAAAAGGAAUUUGCCUUUGGAAAUCGCCUCCACGCUCUCUUCUUCUACCCCUUUGUCCACUACUUCCCCAAGGGCAGAACCUUUGGGAAAUCAGACAUCUGAUGGAAUUCACAAUUCAUCAAAAGCUCUUAAUACCACUAAACCGGUUUCUUUCACAACCGCAACUCCCGUAACAACAGAGGAGCUUCAGGAUAGUGCAUUCGUAACUGUUCACCGGCUAGCGAUCCGUUCAAAAACCAUUCUUAUUUCUGGUGGAGUGAUGCGAGCCCGACUACGCUAUUUUAUUCAACUUCAUCGUGUAAUCGAAGGGCGGCAUAAACUUUCCGUUGAAGUCCGACUUCAUCCACAGUAUCCGCCUAUCUAUGUCGGAACGGUUGAGGACGUGUGCACCUACUGGCCAGCCGAUGCACCGGGAUCGGAAUGCUCCUUGAAGAAACGCCGAUUCUAUCAGAAAGGCAAAAUAUGCCUCUGUCACAUGCCUCCAGGGCUUUAUCAUCAACGCCUCAAGAUUAAUUUUGCUAAUGUCUUCGAAGGUGCCCAAAUUUCCCAAUUUCUUAUAAACAUCCUCUUCUCCGGACAGCAUCUCAACUUGUAUGUAACAGUAACGCUGAAAUCAGCUGACAAUGCAACUGUCGCCUGUUCUCAAUCCAAGAUACCGGUAUCCUUCUCGUCUCUCUAG